AGUUGGGGGUUUCCACUGAUUCUCUUUUUUUUUUCUUCUUAGUCAUUCAUUGAAUUACAGUUUUGCAUUUAUGGGAAUGAGCACAGAAGCUCCAGCCUCGCCUGGAGCCACGCAAUGUGUUUGGCAUUGAUCAUUCUCCACCAUCUGUUUGAAAAUGAUGACGCAGUCGGUGCGAGUCUCAACAGGAUCAUGUGAUGACAAUCACAUGACACUUGGAGCCGAGGGAAAAACGUAACUGUCAUCAUCCACUACCUGUCACCACCUGCAAAGCGAAAGAGAUACUCUGCCGUGACCGUGUCUGCAUGCGAGUGGCUCUGUGUUUUACUUGAGUAAUCAUUUUUUUGAUCACCUUUUCCUUUUUACUCCCUACUUUUGAAAGAUGAUAUCUGUACUUACCGGAUGACUCAUAAAAAAGAUACUGAUUGUGAUUGAGUGAGAUCUUGAGGGGUUAUAAGGUGGGGAAAAAACAGGGACAGGCAGAAACGUGGAAGAACAUCAUCCAGGGAACUGAAUCUGACUUUCACUUUCAUUGGGAGGAAAAUGUUUGUGAAGCCUUUUGGAAUUUCUUAAACUCCCCUGACCUCAAUGAGAUGUUGUGGCAUGACCUAGAGAGAGCUAUUCACACCAGACAUUCCAGGAAUCUUGCUCAACUGCAACAGUUUUGUCAAGGGAAAUGAUCCAAAAUUCAUGCUGGUUCUGCACAUCUGAUCUGCAACGCCACGAAACGUUUUGAAGAUAUUGCUGCUAAAAGGAGGCCUGACACUCCGCCUGUGUCUGUCUGUGAUGCAAAUGAGGGACAUUCUGCAACAGCUUUGCACACGGGUGGAAAAAUAAGUGUGAGUGUAAAUGCUACUCGUCUAUAGACCCACUGUCGCAUCACAUUCCUUCUGAUUUAAGGUUUGCAAGCUGUGCCACACUGAACUCGAGCGCUGAGAUGACAUUGGAUUUAAAUCGCCCCGUGCUAAUAUCAGGGAAAGGAAUUGGAGGAAAGAGACCCAGUUGGGACAAUUGCUGCCAUUUUACAUGGUUAAAGUCCCUCAGAACCUGCUGGCGGUUUGGCUUCAAGAAUAUCGAACCUGCGUCACAAUCGCUUUGCCAUCGGAAACUCAUUGAACUGUCUUCAAAAUGGUUCCUCGAGACUCAAGUGUCGCACAUCGCUCAAGAUGGCCGCUUCCCCACUUGGUUCGUGGGUUUCCUCGCCAGAGAGGAUGCAGAAGAAAUCCUCAAAGAAAAGGACCAAGGUUGUUUCCUAAUCCGUCUCAGUGACAAAGCCAUCGGAUACGUUCUGUCAUAUAGAGGCCGCGACCGCUGUCGACACUUUGUGAUAAACCAAAGUGACACAGGGCUCUUUGUUGUCUGCGGAGCCGCCGAGGGACAUGACACAGUCUCUGAACUAAUCUGGCACUACAAGACGAGCCCCAUCGAGCCAUUUGGAGAGUAUCUCACAUCGUCGUGCUUUGAGGCACCUGCAGACGGGACGUAUGAUGUGAUUCGGCAUGCCGAAGCCAAGAAAAAAGUGGAAAGAAAUUCUGAGAAGCCAACUUUACUGUCGAAGAGCAAAACGAUGCUUGAGGAGGUGCCGCCAGUUCCAAGGAGGGGCAGAUACCAGGAAACUAGUCCACCCAGUAACCCGAACAGGAUUCUGUAUGCUCAUCUUAGAAAGAAACCAACCAGGCACCGUCAUGCAAGCCAGCAACAAAUACAUCAGGACUGUUUGCCCAACGCUACCGCAAGGGGAAUUGUAGGGUGCACCACGCUGGAUCAGAACCCCAGAAAGUUGCGUCCUGUGUCUGCACCUUCGUACUCUCUGCCUGUCUUGGCGGAUCUCACAUCCGGACCAAGAUUUUCUCCAAAAACCACCAGGGGACCAUCAUCAUCAAACCCAUGCAGAAAACCUCCAAGCAGUCACAGCAUUGACUUCCUGAAUGAUGAUGCCAUCUAUUUCCUGGCCGGCAGGCCCGGUAGACCUCACACUACGUGCAUAGAAACCACAUCACACACACCACAUCAACUUACUAACCCAGUGUAUGCUGAGAUACACACCGAAGCCUUCGGAGGCUGCUUUUCUCGUGAUGACACCUACGAGAUCAUCCCCGACAUAGAGGACGCAUGCAAACCUGAAAUAUUCAGCAACACGUAUGAGUCAGUGGAGGAUUUCAAUCAUUUGCUGUCCAGUAAGUAAAGUAGUCCAGUUUAAAUGCUUUUAUACGAUAUGCAGGAAACCCACCUCCAUAAGUGAAAUCCGCAAUAAAGUAUUUUUUAUAGCAUAUAUGGCAUUUGAUUUUUUUUUAAAGCUCCCAAAACACUUUUAAUUAAUACAAACAUAUUUCAACACAUAUAAAAAGA